AUGGUCAUGGCCUUCACAGCCAAAAACAAGAUGGGCUUUGUUGAUGGAUCGAUUCCUCAACUACUCCCCACCAACGAUCAGCACGAAGCUUGGUUGCGUGUAAACAAUAUGGUUCUCUCUUGGCUCCUUAAUUCCAUUCAUCGGGAUUUGGCACCAUCCGUUUUAUACGUUGACUCCAUUGCCGCCAUUUGGAAGGAUUUACAUGAUCGUUUCUCAUCUUCCAACAGUCCUUGUGUGUUCGUGCUUGAACGCACCAUCGCCACUUUACAACAGAACUCCGAUUCUGUCGCCAAAUAUUUCAAUGCCUUGAAGAGUUGUUGGGAUGAACUCGCAACGUACCAUCCGCUUCCAACCUGCAGUUGUGGCGAGUAUCGUACCUUUGCUGCCCACACUCAAACUCGGCAGUUGAUGCAAUUUCUCAUGGGCUUAAAUGAGAGCUAUGCCUCCAUUCGCAGCCAGAUACUCCUCAUGGAUCCACUGCCCACCCUAGGUCGUGCUUACUCUCUUGUCUUACAAGACGAAUCUCAGAGACUGCUGCAUUUACCCUCUAUCUCCGAGGGAUCGGGUCUUCUUGCCACUCCCUCACUACUGGCUGCACCCACUAUUGAUGGCUCUACAUCUUCAGGUUCAGCUAAUGCUGUCCGAUCCCAUUCUCGUUCUAAGGACCGCUGUUCCUAUUUCCAUAUCCUUGGCCACAACCGCGACGCUUGCUACAAGCUUAACAGCUACCCUCCUAACUAUCGUGCUGCAUGCCGUUCACGGGAUACCACCUCCUCUGCUACUGCUACUGGUGCAUCGACUUCUCCUAUUACCACUGACCAAUACCAAUAG